AUGAUCGGCAAGGGCGGCUCAUCUCGAGUCUAUCGAGUCAUGAACAACGCGAAUGAGAUCUAUGCCAUCAAACGCGUUUCUCUCGACAAGACCGAUCCGGAAACUAUGAGUGGGUAUAUGAACGAAAUUGCUCUCCUCAAGCGGCUGGAAGGGAAUUCGAGGAUCAUCAGGUUAAUUGACAGUGAGGUUCGACGUGGUCCCGGUGGGUCGAGAGGCUAUCUGAUGUUGGUCAUGGAGUGUGGAGAAAUUGACUUGGCUCGACUGCUUCAGGAGCGACAAAAGGAACCAUUAAAUCUAGUCUGGGUGGCAUAUUAUUGGCAGCAGAUGCUGGAAGCUGUCCUAGUCAUUCACCAUGAGAAAAUCGUGCAUUCGGACCUUAAGCCGGCCAACUUUGUGUUAGUCCGCGGACAGCUCAAGUUGAUCGACUUUGGGAUUGCCAACGCCAUCGCCAACGACACGACCAACAUCCAGCGGGACCAUCAAAUCGGCACCGUCAACUACAUGAGCCCGGAAGCGAUCGAGCUUCCUGAUGGCCAGCGUCGCCUGAAAGUGGGGCGUUCGAGCGACGUCUGGUCGUUAGGCUGCAUCCUCUACCAGAUGAUCUACUUCCAGACACCCUUUCAACACCUAUCUGUCUAUCAGAAGAUGAAGGCCAUCCCCGACAUGUCGUAUGAAAUUGACUUUCCUGCGUAUUCGGCGCCCAUCCGAAAGGUCAAAUCGGACGCCAUUGCGUGCAUGAAGGCGUGCUUGUGCCGGAAUCCGAAGAAACGGACGCCCAUCGAGGUCCUGUUGAAGCAAGACUGGAUCAACAUACAAGACAGUACGUAG